AUGGUCUCAAGAACCUCCAGCGAUGGCCCUCCGCCCGGAGGAGGCCGACAAUGGAAGUCAUUGAUCAACAAGAUCCCGAGACGAGGGAUCAAAAUAAUCAGUCAACAUGCCCCCGAAACUAGUACCUCCGACCUCGACCUUCACCUCCGAUCUCCAGAUAGCCACUCCACGAAUCCUUUAGAAAGCCAAGAAACUCAUAUCCGGCAACUACAGACCAUUCUUCAGCGGAUGCCCCGCAACUUUCCUACUACGCCCAACCACGUCGACUCAGCCUACAAAGAUUUUACAAAAUACAAAGAGCAAUGUGCUACGAUAUGUCGACAUAUCCUUACAGAAGAACUCGGUCGCGGCUCUCGUAAUGAUGGCGACCUCCCCCGCCGUGACUCAACCGUCGAGUCUCCGCAAAGUCCUGGCCAGAUCUACGACACAAGGAGUUCCUUCAGUGGAAGAAGUCUUGCAGAGGUUGUGUCCGGGAGCGUUGGAAAGAGCAUACAUCAGACUGAUGCCUGGCUGUCCUCUGUGCGCGACUGGAAGAACUACCUCGAGUCUCUUGCCGAUGCUUGUCGCACGAGUCUAAUUGAGACCUACAAGAACAACGAGCGCGAUGCAACGCCGGAACAGGUGGAAGCCUUGUUCACGAAUAAGCGCUUCCGAAAAGAGGCUGUGCAGCGAAUGCGCAAUGCCAGUGUAACCCGGGUCAUGUCGGCAGAUCCCCAAUUCUUUCCGAAAUAUGAAAUGCGCUUUUACGAUUACGAGAGAAUUAAGCAGGAGUUGAACGAGAUCAGACAGCUUCUACAGACAGGGGAGUCUGGCAUCUCACCUGACCGGACCAUCAAAGAGUUUGCAAUCUCACAGCGCGGCGAUGCGAUACUAGAGUUUGCCAACAAUGCGCCUGGAUGUAACCACAGCGAUCCAGCACUACGUUUUCGAGUCUCAUCUUACAUGCUCGCAGAGACGUCGCCUAUCUUUGCGCGCAUGUUUGCAGGGCACUCUAGCAGUCUCCAUCUCUACGACGAUGACGAUAUAUCGACACUGCUCCCACUAGCCCCAACAAAAUACUUCUGCAAGGAUGGCUCUGAAGCCAAACUUUAUCGCAUGCCGCAGGUUGAGUUGAACCACCUGGGUUCUCUGGAGAUUCUAUUACACGCAGCACACAUGCAUAACGAAAUGGUUCCACGAGAAAUCGAGUUCGAGCAGUUCGUUGCUAUCGCCGAGAGUUGCAUGCGAUACAAGAGUACUUCACCCCUGGAACUCAUCGUUGAACAUCGAUGGCUGCCACAAUGGAUGCACAAGGGUGCUGAUGACAUGCCUGACGGGCUCUUGGUCAUCAGCUACGCGUUUGGACUCCGUCGACUGUUCUCGCGCAUGUCGAAGACUACAAUUCUGAAUCUCGUGGACGAGAAAGAACUACUAGCUAAACCCUGGCCACAGAAAAUUAAGGAUAAAAUCUGGGCUGUUCGUUGCGCAAAGAUGGCACAGAUCCACGAGUGUUGCGUCAGUACUAUCCGAGAAUACAUGCGGGAACCAACACACAAUACGUUGGAAGGCUCGGAAGAGCUUUCAUUGGAUACACGAGCCAGCUUUUCCUCGGACAGUUUACCACCGACGAUGCUGACGAGUACACCAAGAUGUCCCAAGGGCAGCCAUUGGUGUGAUGCCACAAACCUCGGAUGGCUGAUGCUACUUUACAAUGAGAUGAACCUGCUGCCUCAUAUUAUGGCACCUGAUGUCUUGUCUCACUUGCCCAGGGCACAGCCGCAGUCGAAGAGUUUGGCGCAGAUUGUGGAUGCCUUGAGAAGGAUUCCCGCACCGCCAACACCCGUCCAUCGAGGCGUGUGUGAUCCUGGGCCCAUGUUCCGCUCUGCUAUCAGCGAUAUCUAUAAUAGUGUGCUGGGCUUGACGCUCUUCGAUAUUAGUGGGAAGAGCCAUGGUUGGGGACUCUCGAAGCACAGAGAACGAGAACCUCAAACUCAACUCAACAAAGGCCUUGAUCGGAUGGCUGCACCUGAUCCGAACUACAGCGUUGCUACCGAGUUCCCCGAGAUUGUUCGUCUUCGUAUCUUAUGCCAGCUGGAUGAAAUCGACGAUCUGCACACAGCAGCCAUGAUCAACCGCGCAUACUAUGAGACCUAUAAGAAGCAUGAAUUGUAUUUAAUGAGGAACAUUCUCCGCAUGGAUCGGAAACGAACAGCGACUCGCAGUCACAUACCGAUCGGCCCUAACACCAACGAAGAGAAGGUUCUCAGAGAUGAAUCGGAAGUGUUGAAGCGCACGCCAGCUGAUACUGCAGACGGUAUCACUCUUCACAGCGUCGUUGAAACAGAAGGAGACUACACAGACUCCGAUUCGGACAGUGAUAGUCUUUACUCAACUUCAGUGACUCCAUCCCUUCCAAGAUCAGCUGCUACUACAAGCACAACCACCAGGGGCCGUGAUUACCAGGGGUCGUCAGACCCUGCGCGGAUCACGGAUAGCCCCGCACGGACACCACGGGCCCGGACCGGGACACCCACAUCAAGAUCCACUGGCAUCGGAUCUCCGACAACCCCUCGGCAGGCCCUAUUUGACCCGCCACCGCCUCCAACCACGGCACCACCCAUAACCACAAUCGACGAGCCUCCCCUCACAGUCGAGGAAGCAAACCGAAUUCUUUGGCCAGAAGACGCCAUCCGAGCCUCCGAGUCACCAUUACCGAUAUCGCCAACAUGCAUAGAAGGCAUUCGCGAAAAAUUCCGCGCCGGCGAUCCCGCGUUCGACGCGGGACUUGAAGAGAAGACACUUGUGCCGACGGGUGAAAAGCAGUUACGAAGUGAACAUGACAGACAGGUUGGACUACUCAAAGGUGGUGAUGCUUCACAUAAAUGA